CUGAAUGCGUGCGUAAAAGAAGGAGGCGGAAAAAAAAAAACACCCCAGAACCCGGUUGGCUGUCGGUGCGCACGGCGGUGGAUGAGCUUCAUGUGGAUAAUGGAUUAACGCACGGCAAACUAUGAAUUCCAGAUGAGUAUGAAGAAAACACCCACCCACGACGGAAUGACUCACAGGUUUUUUGUUUUUUUAAGAAGUUAAAUAAGCGAGCGCCGGUGCGGACAGACGGGGAGCUUUCGCGUGAGGUUUUCCACGACUUUCUGCCACUUAAAGCUCUUCCAGCGCAUGGUUUUAAAAAGUUUUGUUUAUGGGGAAGCGCAGCGGUGACCUGGAGCCGCCACACGCACAGACACUUGCUGCGCAAAGCGCCGGUGCCAGAUAUGGAUAGCGCGCAAUUCAACUUUCGCCACUGGUGCGCGUCUUCAUAACGCGCAACACAUCGAGGCUCAGGAGACCAAAAAUAAAAUAAAAAUCUAACUUAUUUGGUCCUGAAUCAAAAUCGAAAGAAGAGAAGGAACAACAUCUCCUUUUAAAGAAACUACAUAGAUUUUUUUUUUUUUUUUUAAUUCUUAAAGAGAAGAUGCGCCAAGAGGUCGCAGAGAAACUUCAGAUGCUGCUUUUAAUUUGGCCAGUUCUGCUCGUUAGUUUGGGGACGUCGUUUCCUGCCAGACACAAGAAUGCUGUCCACAAGGCUCAGGGACAUUCACUUCACAGCAGGGGGACUCACGACGUCCCCGAGGAUCUGGAGCAGCAGAAUCAGGUGCAGACGUUGUUGCCUGAGUCCCACAGCCACCAGAGGAGGUGGUCUCACCCCCAGCACCGCUCCAUCGGGAUUCUCCCGCAACCAGAGCCAGAAGAGGAGACCAAACCCUUCAUCCUGGAUCUCAAGAACUUCCCAGAUCUGGCGAAUGCUGACAUAAGCUCACAGAACCCAAACAUACAGGUUACCAUUGAGGUGGUAGAGGACCCUCAGAUGGAGGUGGAGAUGGACCUGGCCAAAGAAAAAGACUGGCUGCCCUCCUCUUCCUCCUCCCCCUCGUCCACAGUGGACUGGCUUGGAGGGAAGAAGCUUUUCUGGCCCCUCUUCUGGAGUUACACCGAUUCCGAUUCCAGCGAGGACACCAGCAGCCUGUCGGGCGUGGAGGACACUGGCGAGGAAGUGGAGGAGGAAGAUUACUCUCUGGACUACGGGAGUGAGGAACCCUUGCUCAGCGGAGUGGGCGGAGACUGGGACCCCCGCUGGAAUGAAGGCUGGGAUCCGGUCCAGACUUACUACGGGGAGACAGACGAGUGGACCUCAUGGUCUCCCUGUUCGUUGACGUGUGGACACGGCGAGAAGAAGAGGACCAAGUCCUGCGGUUACUCGUGCACUCUGACAGAAGCCUCCAAAUGUAACCUGGAGCCGUGCCCCGGCGACAUGAACCCCGUAGUCGAACCGUUCCCAUUUGAGAUGGAGAAUGGCACCGAGCCUUUUGGAACUGAUGUGGACAGCUGUGAGAAGUGGCUCAACUGUAAAAGUGAGUUCCUCCAGCGAUACCUCUAUCAAGUUCUGUCUGAGCUUCCCAGCUGCCCCUGCUCCUACCCCGAUCACGUCUCUUACACGGUGGUCAGCAUUUUCGAUGAAGCUCACGAGCGCCACUUUCGGUGGCGCGACGCCAGCGGCCCCAAGGAGCGUCUGGACAUCUACAAGCCCUCAGCGCGUACCUGCAUCCGCUCUGUGCUUUCCGGCGACUCGUCCACUCUGGCCGCACAGCACUGCUGUUACGACGAGCGCGGGCGGCUGAUCACGCGGGGGAAAGGUGCAGGCACGCCGAACCUGAUCAGCACAGAGUUCUCGCCCGAGCUGCACUUUAAGGUGGAUGUGCUGCCUUGGAUCCUGUGCAAAGGGGACUGGAGUCGCUUCCACGCGGUGCGGCCGCCCAACAACGGGCUGAACUGCCCCGAAAACCCCCAUGAAGACGUGUUUAUGAACGAACUGGAAGAAGCCAGGGAGUACUGAAAGUACCACUUCACUCAGCGAGGCAGAGGACCCGAUCCAGAAUUUGAAAGAAGACUGUCAGCCUUGAAGACGUUAUGUCACAUCCAAACCAUCUACAUGUGUGAUCAGGAGUUCUGGCUGAACUGGACCGAUUAAUUUUUUUGUCCCCAAACAGAAAAACGCGCAGUGUGCUCCCAUUGCACGACAUUAAGCUCUCGAUAUUUUGUGGCUGCGGGAAAGCAUGACGUGCACCUGCUGGCUUUUAGAGGGUGCCCCGAGAGCAACAUCUCGAUUGUGCUUCAUAUAGGAUUUACAUUAUUAUUAUGAAUAAUUUUGUGGCUAUGCAAAUUAAAAAAAACAAAAAACUCAGAUUAAUAUCUCAACAAUGCUGCUAUGACGUAAGAUCCUUCAGGUUCAAACGGUUUGAAGGUGAUAAGCCUGCAGUUUUGUGACAGGACAUCAGCAGACUGAAGUGUUUGGUUUCUCCAAGGCCCAAAAGGGAUUUUGGGUAGGAUGCAUCACCUCAGUGUCUCUGGGGUAUUUUUGCUACAGAUUUUAAUAUCCUGUUUUAAAGACAUCUGGUGACCUUUCCUAACCUGCUAAAGAUGAUCCGUUAUUGGUUCCUUUUUCCUUCUCCCCACCAUGCUUUAUGCAAACUGGUUGAGAUGUUUUAAACGUCAUCUUGAUGAUAAAUAAACCAACAAGCUGAAAACAGGCAUAUAUCGAUUAGGCAAACGUCAGUUAUAUUUUGGGGCUGAUUAUCGACACUGAUGAUUGGCGCUGAUUAAUCAGUCGACACCUACAUAGGUCAUGAGGCCCACUGGUUCUGGCGCUUAUCCUCGAAUUCCAUAACGUCAAAUCAGUUCCCCUGAAGGGGACGCCAGUCUGUUGCAGGUUAUGUCCCCAGUCAAGGCUGGUACCCAUUUACAAUUGGGUGGGCUGGGACAGGUGGAAUGACUGGGAAUCAAACCCAGGUCUAGAUAAUGGGGCCCGGCUCCUAUCCCAAUGAGCUUCCUGCUCUAAAUCCAAAUUUUAAUCUGAAUCUAAGACAUAUGACAAUGAGUUGACAUGAGGGUGUGCUACAAGUUUUGUAACACAAGUUGAAUUCACGUCAUAAUUCCACAAUCAGCAGAAUACAUGAUCUGGGUCAGGGUUUAUUCUAACGUACAGUUGUACCCCUUUUGUGCAGUUGUAAAUUGAAAAUGUGCGGUUGUAAAUCCAAAUUUGUGCAAUUGUAAAUACUACAUUUUGCAGAUUUUUUUUUUCACAUUUUGUUUAAUUUUCCAAAAUUUCCAUGAUGAAAAGAGUUGUUAAUGUUGUUGAUGUUAAUAUUGAACCACAACAGAAGUCACUGAUCACAAUGUAUUUUUAUGUUCAUUAAAUUUACAAUGUAAUUCAAACAUACUUAUUUAUUAAUAACUUAGAUAAUAUUGCUUCUAACUACUUCAUACUAUACAUUGUAAACCAUGCAACUGUUACUUAUUACUAAACAAUUAGGAUUAUAAACCAUUAUUGCUUCUGACAUUAUAAACCUCAAUGAGAAAAGAAGCAAAAACUGUCAUAAUCUAGGGCCGGCCCAGGGGUCAUACCAGAAGUACAAGAUCAUAAACCUCAAGUUACAACAACACAAACCUAAAGUAAAGUUAACUUAAGUAUGGCUAGCAUAGUAACAUUUAAACCAAUGUUCAAGUAAGUGCAACUCACUGGCUGUCUUAUGUGUCUUUGGUAAGAGUCAUAUCAACAUCAACCUUAGGGCUUGUACAGUUGUAAAAAAUCCUUAGAAUAAACCCUGAUCUGGGUGCCAAAGAAAUUAAAUAUCAGAUUAUUGGUGCCUGUUUAAAUAAAGUUUCCAUUGCACAUAUAUGAGCAGAAACAACAUUCUCAGGGGGACUAACUUACUCCAAUUUAACUAAAAUGCACCGCUGAACAUUAUCGGAGUGAAGACGUGUGGAUAAAAAGAUGUGGUGUUUUUCCCAAAACCAUAAUAAAUAAAAUAAGCAAGUGAGCUCAAGCAAGUUCAGGCAGCCAAUUCGAACCUCGUUAUGUGACUUCAAUCAGCUAAUAAAUGCUCCUCCCACUACAAGUUGAUGCCUCUGCAAAUAUUCCUGUGCCACACAUUGAUGCAUCAUUGCUCCCUGAUCUCCCUCCAUGCACAGUCAGAAAAUGCAGACUGCCGAUGUUGAUCAUCUCUGGUCGACAGGUGGUAGAUACUGGAUGCUGCAAUAUUCAUGAUGCAUUAGCUGCCAGCAUUUAGCUCGAUGCCCAAGUCGAUGCUGUCAAAACUUUUGGCUUAUCGUGUUUUGUUGAUUUAUGGAAGAAUUUGAUUGGAUAGAAAGGACAUUCCCAACACUGAAAACACUAAGUAGCAGCCAUUAGACAGGGAAUCAAUUUUUUUUUUAAAUCCCGCAACAGUUCAGCAAACACUAGAUGGCAGUAAUUCUUAAACCUGUCAUGACGAUCGCCUUUCUACCCAUUCUAAUUCUGUGGAUGAUGGCUGCAAACAUUCUUCAGGAAUUCCGCUUCCGUGUUAUAACUGAUAAUGUAUCUACCUUUUGGAAUUUACGAUUUUAACCGAAGGCACUUUAUUUCACAUAUGUAUAUUAAAAAAAAAAUCUGUCAGAAUCUACUCAUGUUUCCAUUUGCUAAUGAUGAGAGCAAUUGCAAAGCAAACUGAAAACUCACCAGAAAUGCUGCAAUGUUCUCUGGAGUUGCAUGUGAAAAGCAUGAUUUUUGUGUGAUUUUGUUUUUUUGGACUCUAGUACAUGUAUGGUGUUGUACAGUAUUUAUUUGUCUUUUUUUUAAGUUUGCUGAAUCUUUGAAAUAUUCAUCAUGGUGUGCAAAUCAGACUGGGAAAUGAAGAGACCCAAUAUUAAAAGGGAAAACAUAUAUUUCUUUAUACAGCAACUUCAAAUGUGUGUGUUUUGUUCUGCGCUGUAUUGCAGUGAUCUGUGAACAUGUUGUUGCAAUUAAUAAUGAAGAAACAUAAAAAUACUUUGCAUUCAC